AAUCAUUAAUAGCGUUUCUCUUUCAUGCCUGCAGUUUUGUUGCGUCCUCAUGCUCAGCUUGGACUGGACAGAUCUCAAAUCCCAAGUCUGGCAAUCCAUUCUCAAAUAAUUGAUGAGUUACUUGCAGAGGUUUCAGAGAUUGUGGAUCCAGCCAAUCAUGUCAAGCAGCUCUGGCAUGAGCUCAAGGAAGAAAAAGAGUUAAAUCCUGUGAAAGAUAAUAAACAUGUGAUCAAAGAGCCAUGGUUGGAUGAGAACACUCUUCCUAGUUGUCUGGAAAAAAUGAGGAGAGAUGACCUUGAAAUUGUUCUUCUUGGGACUGGUUCAUCCCAGCCUUCUAAAUACUGGAAUGUUAGUUCUAUCUAUAUUAAUUUCUUCUCCAAAGGAAGUUUGCUCUUCGAUUGUGGAGAAGGAACAUUGGGGCAACUGAAAAGAAGAUAUGGCAUAGAUAGUGCAAAUGACACUGUUAGAAACCUAAAAUCUGUGUGGAUUUCACAUAUUCAUGCUGACCAUCACACAGAUCUGCCAAGGGUGCUUGCUCUGAGAUGUGAUCUGUUGAGGGGAGUACCUCAUGAACCAUUGCUGGUAAUAGGGCCACGCCAGCUCAAGGGAUUUCUAGAUGCAUAUCGAAGACUUGAAGAUCUUGAUAUGCAGUUCCUUGAUUGUAGGAGCACUACGGAAGCUUCCUGGAAUGCUUCUGACCAUGAAUUUGAAUCAAAUAAGGAUCAAUCCGCUUCAGGAAGUGCACUUAGCUUACAUAUCAACAAUAAAAGAUUGCAAGAUAACAACGGAUCUUUUUUCGCUAGAGGAAGCCAGAUGCAAAGCUUUUGGCAGAGACCAGGCAGUCCAAUUGACAACUCUGCGGCUUAUCCAAUCCUAGAGAGAUUGAAGAAAAUGCUACUUGAGUCUGGAUUGGAGGCGUUGAUUAGUUUUCCUGUUGUGCAUUGCCCUCAGGCAUAUGGUAUUGCUUUGAAGGCGGCAGAAAGAGUGAACAGUAUUGAAAAAGUGAUCCCGGGUUGGAAGAUUGGGUACUCAGGUGACACAAGGCCCUUCGCAGAACUCAGAGAGGCAUGUCGUGGAGCAACUGUUCUUAUACAUGAGGCGACCUUCGAGGAUGGCUUGGUGGAGGAGGCUAUUGCCAAAAACCACAGUACAACAAAGGAAGCCAUAGAAAUGGGAAACUCAGCUGGAGCUUAUCGCAUUAUCCUCACCCAUUUCAGCCAAAGAGACCCAAAAAUCCCUAUUUUGACGAUACACACAUGCAUUGCUUUUGACAUGAUGAGCAUUAACAUUGCUGACUUGCCUUUGCUUCCCAAAGUUCUUACAUACCUUAAAUUACUUUUCAGAGGACAUUUUUGUAACUUCAGCUUUUAGCUCACUUCGACGUUUAAAAAAAAAGGGGGGGGGGGCUUUUAAACACAGAGUUCGACAGUUUCAACUUUUGUAGUGGAGGCCAACCAGGUGAAUAGUUCAUAAAAGUGAGAAAGCUUA